CAUUGGUCCUUUUGCUGUCAGUGGGAUCAACCAUAGACCAACUCACCCAAAUUUUGACGUCAUUCAGCCAGUGAAAAUAAAACAACGCACGUGAUCUGUCCAACCUUUAUAUGUACGCCUAAUGACCUUUACCGUACCAGGUGUGACUAAAAAAAGAACAGGAUCAGAGAAGCUACUGUAUACUCUCAUAGCACAAACACUUACAGGAUGGAUUUCUUUCGUCACACAGAGCUCCUUGAGGGUAUUGUUAAUCAACUUAUAGACGAAGAAACGGUUGGAGUGUGCUUUGAGAUGCAUAGAGCUAUCAAACUAGGCUAUUACGACUUGUUAUACCCCGAAGACAGUGUGUAUGAGAAGCAACCGAUAAUGGAUGUUAAGGGAUUGGAUAUUUUUGGCAAUGCACCCCAAACAAUGAAGAAGAAUGAAGAGUGUUUGUGUCCAAACUGCUCACGUACACUGGGUGCUCAGAAAUUCGCCCCUCAUCUUGAGAAGUGCAUGGGAAUGGGAAGGAACAGUUCACGACUGGCAAAUAAGAAGCAAAAGACACCAACUAACGAGUCUGAACAUGAACCAUCAGAUGACAAUGAAGAUGACUGGUCUUAUCAUACAGAGAAAAUAGGUAAAAAGUUGAAAAAGGAUAGAGUAGUAACCAAUUCACCGCGAAGAGGAGCUACCAGUCGAGGUCCAGGGAGACCAUCGAAGCAAGUAAGGGAACAUGACGAAAUGGCAUCACUUGCUCAAAUAAAUCUAACAAAGCCAUCUCUGCAACAACAUAAUAUGGCGUCCUUCUCAAUUCUUCCCGUGGAGCACAAGCAAUUGCUGUUUACUCAAAUGUGUGGUGUGGUGUCCGAGCGAACUGGAAGAAUGUGUACAAGGUCCGUCAAUUGUCCACAGCACACUGAAGAGCAGAGACAAGAAGUCAGAUUACAUCUUUUAGAUGAAGGUCCUCCUUCAGCCAAAAGGUCAAGAGAAAGCUCUCACAAGUCUGGAGUUGAUGAAGAAUUAGAUAUUGAAGAUCAUUACAGAUCACCCGGUGAAGUCAGUGUGAAGAAAGGCAAGAAUAAAUCAGGAAAGAAAUCAAAGAAAGGGCAUGGCAGUUCUGUCGUUUCCACAUCAACUUUAUUACACUCUAGUAUGUUUUAGUCAUUGUUGUGUAUUUUAUGUGUGAUCCAUCAAUGAAGUGUGAUUAUAGUAAUGACGACCACA